AUGUCUCAGCAAUACACUGAAGUCCUACAAGUAAAGUACAACCAAUACCAAUCAACAAUCAAUGAAAUCAAUGCAAAGAUUACUCAAUUGAAAACUGAUGAAGAAGAACAUAAAAUCGUAUUGGAAACUUUAAACAAGACCCCAAACGAAAGAAAAUGCUUUAGAAUGGUUGGUGGGGCUUUAAUAGAGAAAAACGUUGGUGAAACAAUACCUGUAUUGGAUGUAAAAUUAUCAAACAUAACUAAAACUGUACAAUCAUUAACUCAAGAGUUGAAAAAAGUGAUAGAAGAAUUUGAAAAUUGGAAAAAGGAGAAGCAUAUCAAGAUCAUAAAGCAAUAA